UCUCACUUCCCAGGAGCCGCACAAAGGUUGGUAGUAGGACCGUAGGAGUCGAGGAGAGAGAGUGGGGAGCAGCCAUGGCGACGGCGGCCGGCGGCGGGAGCAUGAUGACGAGGGAGCAGCUGCUCCACCUCUUCUCUCGCUUCUCCUUCCUCACCUCGCUCCCAGAGUUCAAGGACCGAAUCGCCGACGCCGUCAGUGACAAGCAGGAGGCUGUGGCGGUGACCACGGAGGUGCAGGAAGAGAUCCUUCGCGAGAUGGGCAUCGAUCCAGGUUUUGGUAUUAGUUGCCUAGGAAAGGUGAACGUCAUGUAUGAGAAUGACAUGGAUUUGAUGAUUAAAUUCUACCAAUUUGUUGCCAAAGAAGAGAUGGCUAUUGAUGAGGCCGAGCUUGAGCCUCUAGAGUUUGCCGAGAAAAUGCACACUCAACAGGAAUUGCAACAACAGCAACUGGAGAUGUUGGUUCAAAUUAGAAAAUACAGCCCCGAGAGCCAAUCUGUCAUACUUGAGACUUUGCGCAAGCAGUUGGAGAGCGCUGAUUUUGAUACCAGUGCGUCAAUCUUGACUCCGGAGCAGAUCCAAGAGAUUGUUGAGAAAUAGUUCACAUGUUUGACGAGAUGAGAGAUUUACAUCCCAUCCAGUCUUCUUCCUCUACUAUAGCCAUACAGCUUUACUUCAUGUAAUCUGCACUUUGCUAAGUGAAAAGACUACAGGUGUUCUACUUAAUAUUAUCUGCAUUUUGCCACCAGAAAGGCUAGAAAUGGUGUACACAGCUUCUUGCUAUAUAUUCACUUCACCCCAAAUA